ACUCUUUUUUUUUUCUCUUCGUCAGACACUAGCUAGUCACUGCCUGCAGCAGUAAUCGGACAACUCUCGUUCUUGCUCGGAGUCUGUCUCUUGAGAUCUAGCACGGGGCUCCAUGACUUUUCACCCUUAAAAUGAAAAAGAAAAAAGUUGACUUUUAUCGCUAAUCUGCGCGUUUAAAACCAACUCUGAGAGAAGUUUUUUUUUUUUUUAAAUACUACUUUAUUUGCUCUGGAACGGACAGACACUUAACAGAAGAUUGCAAAAAAAGGGAGGAAUAAAAGAAAAAGUGCAAGGAUUCUACCAUCAUUGUAGUCUAUGGAAAUGCAGGAUCUAGCUAGUCCACACAGCCGAGUAAGUGGAAGCAGUGAGUCCCCAAACGGUCCCAACAUCGACAACUCACAUAUAAAUAACAAUUCCAUGACACCAAAUGGCACUGAAGUGAUAAGGCCCAACCUGUGCCAGUGCAGAUUGUCAUGUGUCCUGUCCCAUUCUUUCUCCCUAUAGGUGAUAACAUCACUAUGCUUACCACAGCUGACUGGUUGUUAAGUUCUAGUUCACAGUCCGCUGCAGUUAAAACAGAGCCAAUGAGCAGCAGUGAAAUCACCACCUCUGUAGCAGACGGCUCUCUAGACGGCUUCUCAGGAUCAGCCAUUGGAACCAGUGGCUUCAGCCCAAGACAAACUCACCAGUUCUCUCCCCAGAUUUACCCUUCCAACAGACCCUAUCCACACAUUCUUCCGACUCCUUCCACCCAAAAUAUGGCGGCGUACGGACAGACACAAUACACCACAGGAAUGCAGCAGGCUGCUGCCUAUGGCACGUACCCUCAGCCAGGACAGCCCUAUGCGAUUCCAGCCUAUGGUCCAUUGUGGGCAGGCAUCAAGACAGAGGGCGGACUGACCCAGGCUCAGUCUCCAGGCCAGAGUGGCUUCCUCAGCUACAGUUCCAGCUUCUCCACGCCUCAGACGGGACAAGCACCCUACAGUUACCAGAUGCAAGGAGGCAGUUUUACAACAACUUCAGGGCUGUACGCUGGAAGCAAUUCCCUCACAAACUCGACUGGAUUCAAUAGUACACAACAGGACUACCCCUCCUACCCAGCUUUUGGCCAGAGUCAGUAUGCGCAGUAUUACAACAGUAGCCCUUACACUUCUCCAUACAUGACCAGUAACAACACCAGCCCCACCACACCCUCCACCACUGCCACCUACACCUUACAGGAACCUCCAUCAGGGAUCACCAGCCAGGCCCUCUCAGAGCAACCGCCAGGAGACUACAGUACAAUCCACAGUCCAUCAACCCCCAUUAAAGAUUCAGAUUCAGAUCGAUUGCGUCGGGCUUCAGAUGGAAAGUCACGUGGCCGGGGAAGGAGGAAUAACAACCCAUCCCCACCUCCCGACUCUGACCUUGAGCGCGUGUUCAUUUGGGACUUGGAUGAAACAAUCAUCGUUUUCCAUUCCUUGCUCACGGGAUCUUACGCCAACAGAUUCGGAAGGGAUCCACCAACGUCAGUGUCAUUGGGACUAAGAAUGGAAGAGAUGAUCUUCAACUUGGCCGACACACAUUUCUUCUUCAACGACUUGGAGGAGUGUGAUCAGGUCCAUAUCGACGACGUGUCAUCAGACGACAACGGGCAGGAUCUAAGUACAUAUAAUUUUAGCACAGACGGAUUCCACGCUGCUGCCACUAGUGCCAACCUGUGUCUGGCCACCGGCGUACGAGGAGGUGUGGACUGGAUGAGAAAGCUGGCCUUCCGCUACAGACGAGUAAAAGAAAUUUACACCACCUAUAAAAAUAACGUCGGAGGUCUGCUUGGCCCGGCCAAAAGGGAAGCCUGGUUGCAAUUGCGAGCAGAAAUUGAAGCCCUGACUGACUCCUGGUUAACACUGGCUCUGAAAGCACUAACAUUAAUCCACUCAAGAUCAAACUGUGUGAACAUCUUAGUGACCACAACACAGCUCAUACCAGCCCUCGCCAAGGUCCUCCUGUACGGACUGGGAGUAGUAUUUCCAAUUGAAAAUAUUUAUAGCGCCACGAAAAUAGGAAAAGAGAGCUGCUUCGAGAGAGUAAUCCAGAGGUUCGGGAGGAAAGUUGUUUAUGUGGUGGUGGGGGAUGGCGUGGAGGAGGAGCAAGGUUCGAAAAAGCACAACAUGCCUUUCUGGAGGAUCUCUAGUCACUCUGACCUCAUGGCCCUGCAUCAUGCUCUGGACCUGGAGUACUUGUAGCACUGUGACGGCCCUAUCGCUCUGUCCCAGACCAUGCGGGGGCCCUGCAGACCCAUACCCUGCGUCGCCCGAGCGUCUGCGUUCCUACAGCACCAGACCAAAAACAAAACCAUUCACAUACAUAACGUAGAGAGAGAGAGCGACAUGCUCAGCGUGUUGACACAUGGCCGCAAUUCGUCUUAACCCUAAACCUUUUUCGAAGUGGAGGAGAGUGAAUUUAUGGCGUUGCAGCUGCUGGCCCUGGUUAACUGUGAAUUGGCUUUUUUUCCGAAGCCAUCAAAAUGUUUUACAGCCCUGUGUAUGCAGGGGACUCGGCAAGGGUUCACACCUGUGACAAAAACUGAGCUACCGAUGCCUUUGGAACUCAGCAGGACUCCGAUCCCACUGCGACUUGGUGUAAUGUUUUGUCUCUUUAUGUCUCCACCGAUGGUACAAAGACAGUCGAGCACAAGCCCUACGUUUUCCUUAUUUCGCCCUGGAUGUCCUACACUUCUUAUUUAUAAUCUUUGAGAGACUUUGUGGAGCGGCACCGACCCUGAAAAAGAGACUUGUGCCUUUUUGCAUUACAAAGUACUUUGAUUCCCCUACACCAAGAAGUCUACGGAGGGAAAAAAAAGGAUUUUCUAAAUAAUUUAAAGAAAAAAAUUUAACGAAACGUUAUUUACAUUGCAGAGACAAUCGUGUACAGCCAUUUUGGUGUGCGUGUGUGCGUGUGUGUGAGAGUGUGUGUGUAAAUUUGUAAUCACUGGACUAUUCCUUCCUAUAUUGAUUAAGGUACAUGCUGUGGAAAGCCGUUUCUUGGAACUACGUACGUAAAGGCGUUGGCGCAGAAGCUCGUGCAAAGCCUGAAAGUGUUGACGUGUUCGAGGUUUCAUUCAAUAAAUAAAUGUAGAUAAGGAUUUUUUCUUUUUUUUUUUCUUUUUUUUUGUGAAAAUUGUUUUGUCAUGACCAAAAGCAUGGAUGUCAAGUGUCAAUAAUUUCGUAAUUUUCUUCAGCGAUGUUUUGCUUCCUCCUUUGUAGGCUUCUGCUCCUCAAAGGUGGUGAGAACUUGCAGAGUCCAUAGAGACUUUCUCCACCAUGAAAUGUGGCUCUUUCAGUCAGGAUUUCAAAGUGAAUUAAAUCCCAAUGGUAGCUCAAACUCUAAGGCAGAACAUUAGCAGCAUAAUAAAAAUAAUAAUCUUUUGAAUGUCAAGCUUCGAACUGAGUGUAAAUGUCUGUAUCCCCUGUAUCUCCUGCUCAAGCUGGACAUUGAACCUCAGCGUCCACCAUGGGCGUUUAAGCUUAAAUAGGUUUUAUUAUCUUUUGUACCGGCGCAAAAGCAGAAAGUCUUGUACAGCAAGUGUAAUUUUGUAUGAAGUAGUCUUUUUAUUUUAUUUGGAAAUCGCUGUAGUUGGAUUUUCAUGAUGCAUAUUGGUAGUUCUAAGGUAACUGUGGACUGGAAACUCUAGCUCUUAGAAUUUAAGAAAGAAAGCCACUACUCACUCACACCUACACACACGCACUCACAAUGGAGUUGAGAACAUACAUGUGCUAUCAACUGUGAAUUUCCCCAGCUAACUCGAUCAGUUUUUAAUUCUCCCUUCAGGCACAUGAUAAUGUUCGGCUCCUGCAGGUGAGGUCUUCUUCUCUGGCCUAGCCUUUCUCACCACAUUUACAAUUUCACUCCUCUUAUUGCAUCGCCCGCCACCUCCCGUACCGGGGAAUCACAUUUUGCUGCUAGAUCACGGUAACAGUAGAUGUUUUCUAAAUUUAACACACAUUUUUUUUUUUUUUUUUUUAUAAAUGAUGCAAUCAUAAUGCAAACUGGAAAUAAUUGACAAUAUGUGGGCCUCAUUGUGAAACAGUUUGUCGUGUGUGCAAAAAAAAAAAAAAAAAAAACGAAAAUGUGUACAGAUGUUUUUGACAUUUAUUAUUUGAUUGUGUUUAAAUUAAUAAAAACUGAUUUGUGAACUGUUACACAUAUUUUUCCCUUUAUGCAAGUGAUUGAAAUGGUGGCUCUGCAAUUUUCUGCCACAGAGUUUGUAUUUAUUGACUGUUUGGUCUUGCGAUCAAAUGCCCCCCAAAUUAAGUGUUUCGGAAUGGCAGUUUUCUCCAAUUGAUGAAUGUCCAGAGAUCAUUAUAUAAACAAUUUAUAUAGAUAUAUAUACAUGCAUAGAAGGAUACUUUAUAAAAGUCCCAUUUUAUGGGAUGGGAAUGUAGAAUUUGUGUGGCCUCCUCUGACGUUUGGUGGUCUGCAAUUCAGCAUUUCCCCCUCUGACAGAUUCUCAGACAACACGUCAUGUAUGGCACUUUUGUUUAAAACAUCAUAACUGAUGUAAUGCCAUAUAAAGCUCCAUGUCCCUCUCAUCUCUGUGCAAAGCAACUGUUAAAACAAUAUGUGGGAUUUCGAAGUGUGCAAUCAAAAUCAGUGUGUUUAGUUCAGUUUUAAAGGACUCACAUCCACACAAUGUGAUCUAUAGACAACGUCUAAAAUUCUCAUAAACUGACAGCAAAAAAAAAUGUCCUUUUGUUAUGAUGAGUCUGAUCAUUGCUUUGAUUUUCUGCUUCAGCCAGAAUUUCUGGAUUCAGAUGAGGUAAUGAGCCAUAAUCAUGCUACAUAGGCCCCGCAGAUUUGUCAGUCGGGAGGUUUGUGUUAUUCUUGGGGACAGUUGAAGGUGAAACCCUCACCUAAUUGUGAUUUUUCUUCGCAGCGCAGCCAAAUGCUUCCAAUAACAGCUCCUCUCCACAAAUGUUUCCCUGUGUUUUUCGAAAAAACACACCGCUCGGCCACUUGCAUUUGGGGAGUAGAGUUGGUUUAUAUAACACAUGAAAAAUAUUUAUGAGACUGAUUUUAUGAGGUGGCCAAAAUGAAGAUGUAACGAGAGACUGGCAGAGGAAUAGAGGCGCUCCUGCAAGUGCUCAGAAGAAUCAAGCAUUCACGGAGUCUUAUUUUACAGGGUUCUGUUCUUCAAUAUUGAAGUCAAUUAUGUUUUCAGAUGGCAUCUGAGUGAUAUACCAGGGGACUUGAAGGCUGGCAGGAAGAGCAGAUAGGGCUGUUAUCCUUGGAAUGCAAAAAAAAAAAAAAAACCUUUUCCCACAACUCAG